AUGAAGGAGAAGUCCAAGAAUGCGGCCAAGACCAGGAGGGAGAAGGAAAAUGGCGAGUUCUACGAGCUGGCCAAGCUGCUCCCGCUGCCCUCUGCCAUCACCUCGCAGCUGGACAAGGCGUCCAUCAUCCGGCUCACCACCAGCUACCUGAAGAUGCGCGCCGUGUUCCCCGAAGGUUUAGGAGACGCUUGGGGACAGCCGAGCCGCGCCGGGCCCCUGGACAACGUGGCCAAGGAGCUGGGGUCGCAUUUGCUGCAGACUCUGGACGGGUUUGUUUUCGUGGUCGCAUCUGACGGCAAAAUCAUGUACAUAUCAGAAACAGCAUCUGUCCAUUUAGGCUUGUCCCAGGUGGAGCUGACGGGCAACAGCAUUUAUGAGUACAUCCACCCUUCGGACCACGACGAGAUGACGGCAGUCCUGGCCGCCCACCAGCCGCUGCACCAUCACCUGCUCCAAGAGUACGAGAUGGAGCGCUCCUUCUUCCUGCGGAUGAAGUGCGUGCUGGCCAAGAGGAACGCUGGCCUGACCUGCAGCGGAUACAAGGUCAUCCACUGCAGCGGCUACCUGAAGAUCAGGCAGUAUGUGCUGGACAUGUCCCUGUAUGACUCCUGCUACCAGAUCGUGGGGCUGGUGGCCGUGGGCCAGUCCCUGCCGCCCAGCGCCAUCACGGAGAUCAAGCUGCACAGCAACAUGUUCAUGUUCAGGGCCAGCCUGGACCUGAAGCUCAUCUUCCUGGACUCCAGGGUGACCGAGCUCACUGGGUACGAGCCGCAGGACCUGAUCGAGAAGACCCUCUACCACCACGUGCACGGCUGCGACGUGUUCCAUCUGCGCUACGCACACCACCUGCUGCUGGUGAAGGGCCAGGUGACCACCAAGUACUACCGGCUGCUGUCCAAGCGGGGCGGCUGGGUGUGGGUGCAGAGCUGCGCCACCGUCGUGCACAACAGCCGCUCCUCCCGGCCCCACUGCAUCGUGAGUGUCAAUUAUGUGCUCACUGACGUGGAGUACAAGGAGCUGCGGCUGUCCCUGGACCAGGUGUCCACGGCCAAGUCCCAGGACUCGUGGAGGACGGCCUUGUCUACCUCACAAGAAACCCGGAAGCUAGCGAAACCCAAACACGCCAAGAUGAAGACGAAGUUGAGAACGACCCCGUACCCCACACAGCAAUACAGCUCGUUCCAGAUGGACAGGAUGGAAUGCGGCCAGCUGGGACCCUGGCGGGGCAGCCCCCCGGCGCCCGCGCCCGUGCCCCCGGAGCAGCAGCUCCACGCCGAGGGCAGCGAGCUGGUGUACGCGCCCUCCUACAGCCUGCCCUUCUCCUACCACUACGGACACUUCCCCCUCGACGCGCCCGUCUUCGGCAGCAAGAAGCCCAUGCUGCCCGCCAAGUUUGGGCCCCCCGCGGGCACGCCCUGCGAGAUGGCACGCUUCUUCCUGAGCACGCUGCCAGCCAGCGGCGAGUGCCAGUGGCACUAUGCCAACCCCCUCGUGCCCAGCAGCCCGUCUCCAGCUAAGAACCUCUCAGAGCCGCCGGUGACCCCUGCUCGGCACGGCCUGGUGCCCAGCUACGAAGCGCCCGUGGCCGCCGCGCGCAGGUUCGCCGAGGACGCCGCGCCGCCGCCGCCGCCGCCGCCGCCUUCCAGCUUCCCGAGCUGCGGCCACUACCGCGAGGACGCGGCGCUGGGCCCGGCCAAGGGGGUCCGGCACGCGGCGCGGGACGGGCCGCGCCUGGCGCUGGCCCGCGGGGCGCCCGAGUGCUGCGCGCCGCCGCCGCCGCCGCCCCCCGAGCCCCCCGGCGCGCCCCCGCCGCAGCUGCCCUUCGUGCUGCUCAACUACCACCGCGUGCUGGCCCGCCGCGGGCCGCUGGGGGGCGCUGCGCCCGCCGCCGCCGCUCACCUGGCGGGCGGCCCCGGCGGCCCCGACGCUGCGGCGGGCGGCGCGCUGCGCCCCCGGCCCCCCGGCCCCGCCGCCGCCGCCUCCCCGCCCGGCGCGCCCCUGCCGCACUACCUGGGCGCCUCGGUCAUCAUCACUAACGGGAGGUGA